AUUGACAGAGAGACAGAGCAUUUUUUACACAUUAUCCAAGGGAGAAAUGUGACUCACAUAUUAUGUGGCAAGAAUUGUUUUUUCGUUUUGAGGAAAAUAAUAAUAAAAAAUUAUCAAUUUGUUCUACUUCUUCUUCGCUGCUGAUGUGUCUCUCUGCUGCUUGAGAGAGAGAGAGAGAGAGAAAAAAGGGGUCGAGAAUGGCGGUCGCAAUGUCUUGGAGUAGUUUGAUAUCAUCGGCUCUUCAGCAUUAUAAUAAUCGGAUUAAUCUCAGAGAUUAUCCGAUUCCGUGUCACUCUUCUAAUCCUAUUUGCAAUUCUUUUAAUUUCAAAAGACGUUCUUUUUCUUCUUCUUCCUCCAAAUUUAACGACCAUGUCGUUAACCCUUCUUCUUCUUCUUCCUCCAAGCUUUCUCCAAUUCGAACCCAUUUCUCUUUCGCUGGGUGUGGCUGCUCCUGGAUUCAGGACAAUUCAAUGGUUCAUGAUUAUGCUACAACUAAUGGGACGUCCAAGCGAUGCUCGGCGUUACCAACAACAAAAACAGUGGAUGUCUCUUCAGUGUCAGAUCUUUUUGAAUUCAUUUGCUCGGGUCCUCUCGUAGACAAGAUUGGUAUCACUCCUCAAAGUGUUGGCCAGUCUAUUGACAAAUGGUUAUUAUACGGCUCACAACUCUGCAGACUGUUUCAGCUUAAUGAGCUUAAGCUCACGAUUCCUCAGAAAGCUAGGCUAUACCACUACUAUAUACCCGUAUUUAUUUGGUGCGAAGAUCAGAUUGCUUUGCAUAAUUCCAAGUUUAAAGAUGGAGAUGAUGUACCUCCAUUAGUGAUUGGAUUUAGCGCUCCUCAAGGAUGUGGCAAGACUACACUUGUGUUUGCACUUGACUAUCUUUUCAAAACAACAAAAAUGAAGUCGGCGACGAUAUCAAUAGACGAUUUUUACUUGACUGCACAAGGUCAGGCUGAAUUGAGAGAAAAGAAUCCUGGAAAUGCACUUCUAGAGGUAAAUUCUCAACCUUUUUCUUUUGUCUAUCUUUUCUUUAGUUUGAAUUUAUCGUCAUGGUUUCUUGUUUGUAUCCAGUAUCGUGGAAAUUCAGGAAGCCAUGAUCUGCAACUCUCUGUUGAGACACUAGAAGCCCUGACUAAACUGACCAAAGAAGGUAUAAAGAUGAAGGUACCUAGGUACGACAAGUCUGCCUAUAGUGGGAGAGGUGACAGAGCCGAUUCAUCAACAUGGCCUGAAGUUGAAGGACCUCUAACGGUUAUUCUCUUUGAGGGAUGGAUGCUUGGUUUUAAGCCUCUUCCAACUGACGUUGUUAAAGCAGUUGAUCCGCAGCUGGAGAUUGUGAACAAGAACCUUGAAGCCUAUUAUGACGCAUGGGACAAGUACAUUGAUGCUUGGGUCGUCAUCAAAAUCCAGGACCCAAGUUAUGUAUACCGGUGGCGUCUUCAGGCGGAAAUCGCCAUGAGGCAGGCUGGUAAAGCUGGGAUGUCGGAUGAGGAGGUGAAUGACUUUGUGUCGCGGUAUUUGCCGGCCUACAAGGCCUAUCUUCCAACUCUUUACGCGGAAGGACCAAGCGGCUCGGACCCAGACCGCGUCCUUGCGAUAGAUAUCGAUGAAGAAAGGAACCCGAUACUCGCAAACUAAUGAGAUGCUGUCUCCAUUGCCUUCAUAGUGUUUCUCGUUGUAUGUAAAAGAGUACCAUUACGUCACACGUUCUUCUUCCUUGUAUCUUUUGACAUGCUAUUUGUUACACUAUACUUUCACAUAUAUAUACUUUUUCUUUAUUAUUAUUAUAUGUAAUUGUGGUCA